UUACGGCUGAUCCCAAUCUCACAGUAGAAGAAGAGCUACAGCGCAAUUUAGCUCUUGGGGAGUUUUAUAGUAAAUAAAGCGAUUUUAGACCCGACCAUGACCCAGGCGGAGAGAGAGCAGGAGACCGAGAAAGAGAAAGAGAAGGAAAGAGAAAAGGAGAAAGAGAAGGAGCAGCGCGGAGUAAAGAGACCCAUAGCUCCUCCUGCCAUCCCUGAACCGCUGCAGGAGCAAAUUCAAACCAACUUUGUUGUGGUUCUCCACCCUGGAUCCCAGACUCUCCGCAUUGGCAGAGCUACAGAUACUCUACCAGUUACUGUUCCACAUGUCAUCGCCCGAAGACACAAGUUACCCUCUCAGUCCCGCUAUGAGGAUUCUCGUCUCUUAAGAGAAGGACUAAACAGGCCAGAAAGUGCUGAGCAAAGACAGAAUGGCCUUAAAAUGGUGGACCAGGCGAUCUGGUCGAAAAAGAUGUCCAAUGGAGCCAGAAGAACUCCAGUCUCCGCUGAACAAGCUCGAGUUUACAACAGACAGAUUCGCCCAGCAGUUUUGGAUUCAAACUCAAGACUAAAAUGGACAAAUACAGCCCAUCAGCCAGAGUACUUGGUUGGAGAUGAGGCUUUAUAUGUGAACCCUACAGACUGCUACAGUAUUCACUGGCCUAUUUGCUGGGGUCAGCUGAAUGUCCACAGUGGGCCCGGGGGCUCGCUAACUGCUGUACUAGCUGACUUGGAGACUAUCUGGUCCCAUGCCAUCCAGAAGCUUUUAGAAAUUCCACUCAAAGACCUUAAGUAUUACAGGUGCAUACUUUUGAUUCCAGACAUCUAUAAUCGACAGCAUGUGAAAGAAGUUGUGAACAUGCUCCUCGUUAAGAUGGGCUUCUCCGCGAUCGUGGUACACCAGGAGUCUGUGUGUGCUGCAUUCGGCAGUGGUCUGAGUAGCGCGUGUGUGAUAGACGUGGGGGAUCAGAAGACCAGUGUGUGCUGUGUGGAAGACGGCGUGUCUCACCGUAACUCCAGACUGUGUCUUGCGUAUGGAGGCUCUGAUGUGACGCUGUGUUUUUUUUGGCUGAUGCAGAGAGCAGGGUUUCCUUACAGAGACUGCCAACUGACGAAUCGAGUGGACUGCAUUUUACUGCAGCAGCUUAAAGAGACCUUUUGUCAUCUGGACCAGGACAUUUGUGGACUGCAAGACCAUGAGUUUCGUACCCGUUUCCCAGAAUCCCCUGUGCUCCUAUAUCAGUUACGGAUUGGUGAUGAGAAGCUACAGGCCCCCAUGGCUCUGUUUUACCCAGCUGCUUUUGGGAUUGUGGGCCAGAAGAUGACCACUCUGCAGCACCGCUCCCCAGGAGACCCUGAAGAUCCUCAUGAUGAGCACUACCUACUGAGCACUCAGAGCAAACAAGACCAAUCAUCCAAAGCCAUGGAGAGGAAAGGCUUCUCUAAGCCCCCUGGCUUUGAGGGGGAGUCCAGCAGUCAGGGAGGUGACCAGAUGGAAAGGGGGAAUCAUGGUCAGGAGGACCUCGGCCAUUCCCAAAGUGACUGUCUAGUGGGAGGAACAGACCCAGAAGAGACCCCGUCCGUCCUGUUGUCCAGAAAGUCAGCUAUGACCCAGUUUGAGGGCAAAGCCCUGGGGCUGGAUAAGGCCAUUCUGCACAGCAUCGACUGUUGUGCAUCGGAUGAGACUAAAAGGAAGAUGUACAGCUCUAUUCUGGUAGUGGGUGGUGGACUCCUCUUUCAUGGGGCACAGGAGUUCCUUCAGCAUCGCAUUCUUAACAAGAUGCCCCCAUCAUUCCGUCGUCUGGUGGAGAACGUGGAGGUCAUCACACGGCCGAAGGAUAUGGACCCUCGUCUGACAGCAUGGAAAGGUGGAGCAGUGUUGGCGUGUCUGGACACUACCCAGGAGCUGUGGAUCCACCAAAGAGAGUGGAUCCGGUUUGGGGCACGCAUGCUCCGAGAAAGAACAGCCUUUGUCUGGUGAUGAAGCAUAAAGUGUGUGUGUGCGUGUCUGUCUGUCUGUGUGUGUGUGUGUUUUGAGGACUCUUAUUAUUUUGCCAUGAGAGCUCAAUUGUCUUAAAUGUGUACCUUCAGUAAUUAUUUCUUCAUGAUAUAACAGCAACAUAUGUACAUGUGGAAUCAUUUUUUAAUAAAAGGAAAAUAAUUAAAUUCCAUUAAAACAUAAUAAAAAGUCAGAAAGGAAAGACAAAAGGAAGUGCCUGAGUGGCCUGAGACUUUCUCAUGCAUCUGCUUACCAUGUAGGUAGAUAAAUUGAUAAGUCUUUGGUAUCCUGUUUUCAUGCAACUUAAGGAUGUGGUUUUCAGAGGUACAGCCUCAGACAAUAACAAUAAAAGCUUUAGCCGGUCAUGUUUUACCAUAAGUUCCCACAUUUGACUUUCAAAUCACACCACCAUUCAUCAUAAUCAUCAUUAUAUGUAAAACAUUGCAUCUUAAAAAUAGAAACUGAACCAGAACCGGAUUUAAUAACAUGUAUGUGUAAGGUGUUACAAGUAAUGGGCCUGAAAACUGCAUUUAUUAGAUAUAAAUGUUGAAAUAUUGAAUCAAACAUUUACCUAGAUUACUAUCAGCCAAAAUGAAAAAUAAAGAAGCAAUCAGUUGGAAA